AGAACUGAGUUUAAGCCCCAUGAUGGCCAAAAAACAAAGACUCCCAAGUACUUGCUUUUGAAAAAUGAAUUCAAUAUACUGCUCCACUCAAAAAAUAUAUUUUGUCAUAUCCCAUCUCAGCAACAUUAUGACCCUAGCACUAAUUUAGUGAUUGAAGUUUGGAUGCUCACUUCCAGUAAUGUUCUCACUUGGCAGUUGCUGGGAGUUUUUGCUAACACUAGGCAUAUGGUCUGAACAAGGCUUAAAUGUUUGCAUCCAAAUUGUACUGAAAAGAAGUAAUGUCUUGGAUCUGACAUAGGUUGGGGUUAGCUCUGUGUGUGUGUAUAGUUUUCUAUGUUUGUUUUUACAGAUGAUUUGAUGUUCUAGCCUUCCUCUAUUGAUUUCCAGAUACAUGCUUUCUCGGCACGCUUUCUCCCUUUCCCCCAUUCCUUAAUUUCCCUGGCACAGAAAGUGAAAGUUGGACUGGGAAGAUUGAGGUAGGCAGUUGAUUUAGGUACAAACCUAAAUCUUCCCACUGUUUUGAAGUAGUGCAAUUGAUUAAUCUGAGAAGAGGGAGAGGCUUAGAGGCAUCUUAAAAAAAAAAUCUAAUACUAUCUGGCAUCUUCUAGUAGUAAUCACUUAGCAAAUCACAGGCCUUGCCAGAUGUACUACCUGUAGGGUUCAUUCUUAGUACAUAGUCAGCUGGGAAACAGGAUGAAUGGUUCCUCAUAACCUUGCCCAGCUGCAGCAUGCUAGGCUCCCAGGUUGGAGGUAGAGACGGGGAGAGUUGGGGGCAGCGCUAACAAAGAGGAGCCGCGCCGGGGCAGGGGCGUCGGUUAGCUGGCCUAUCCCAGGCGGCUGACCUCCCAGUGGCUCUCCCCAGUUGGCUGCGUGGCUAGUCGCUCUGCUGCUUCCCUGGCUGAGGAUUGGCUAUGUAGUGGGAGGGGCCUUGCAAAGAAGGAUGGAGUUGAGGGGGCGGGGCUGGCUUCCGGCGGCGGCGGCUGGGAGCGAGUGGCCGCCGCCUGGGGGAGGGGGUGUCGGCGCACCGCGGAGUGCUCAGCUCAGGGAGCCUGGCACCCGGAGUAGCCGCCUCCCCCUCCCCCUGCCGUGGCCGCUGGAAGCCCCUUCUCAUCUUUCCUGGGCUGGGGCGAACUGGGCUGAGCGGUCCCAGGCAGGCGGGGUGGAGUCCCGAAGCCCUGCCGAGCGCCGCGGAGCGAACCUCACCUUCUUUCCAGGGCGCCAGUGUGAACUCCAUGUUGUGUUGAUGCUGGUGUGCCAUGCUAGCCUGUCUACCAGGGCCAGGUGACCUGUCCUUUCAGCUUCUUUCUCACACGCAGAUGAACACUGGACUUCAGAAAUGGGACACUACACAGAAAAUGAGAACUGCUCACUAUCCUACCCCAGCCGAAUUGGACGCGUAUGCUAAGAAGGUCGCAAACAACCCACUGACUAUAAAAAUCUUCCCCAACAGUGUGAAGGUUCCCCAGAGGAAACACGUUCGUCGUACUGUGAACGGCCUCGACACAUCAGCCCAGCGCUACAGCCCCUACCCGACUCAGGCUGCCACCAAGGCAGGCCUGCUUGCCAUUGUCAAAGUGCCAGCCAAAAGUAUACUCAAGGACUUUGACGGCACCCGAGCCCGGUUACUCCCUGAGGCCAUCAUGAACCCACCAGUGGCACCCUAUGCUACUGUGGCACCCAGCACUUUAGCCCACCCCCAGGCCCAGGCUCUGGCCCGCCAGCAGGCCCUGCAGCAUGCACAGACCCUGGCCCACGCCCCUCCCCAGACGCUGCAGCACCCUCAGGGUAUCCCGCCACCACAGGCACUGUCUCACCCUCAGAGCCUCCAGCAGCCUCAGGGCCUGGGCCACCCUCAGCCCAUGGCUCAGACCCAGGGCUUGGUCCACCCACAGGCCCUGGCUCACCAGGGUCUCCAGCACCCCUCCAAUCCCUUGCUGCAUGGAGGCCGGAAGAUGCCAGACUCAGAUGCUCCCCCGAAUGUGACCGUGUCUACCUCAACGAUUCCCCUUUCCAUGGCGGCCACCCUGCAGCACAGCCAGCCCCCGGACCUGAGCAGCAUUGUGCACCAGAUCAACCAGUUUUGCCAGACGAGGGCAGGCAUCAGCACUACCUCAGUGUGUGAGGGCCAGAUCGCCAACCCCAGCCCUAUUAGUCGCAGUCUGCUCAUCAAUGCAAGUACCCGGGUGUCGACCCACAGCAUCCCCACACCAAUGCCUUCAUGUGUGGUCAAUCCCAUGGAGCACACCCAUGCAGCCACAGCCGCGUUGCCUGCCACAGGUCCUGUCAACCUGCCUGCGGGCAUCUCUCGAGCCCCCACUGGCUACCCUAGCGACCUCAAGCCAGUCGCCUGGAACCAGCACCAGCUGGCCCACCUACAACAUAUGUGCACCGAGGCUGGUGGGACGCCAGCCCCUGGCCUGACAGGCAAACACGCAGCAGGACGCGAGUUGGCAGGGCCUGGCUUUGUGGGCAAGGCCCCUACCUACCCGCAGGAACUCUGCCUGGCACAGUCCUUUCAUCUGAAGCCAACCCUGGAGAAGCCCACCCCAUCUCCACCAGUCAAUGGCCUGGCAGCCCCACUGGCCUACCCCAAUGGUCACUACUUCCAACCCCUGUGGAACAACAUUCUUCCCACUCCCAAUAGCGACAGCUCGGGGUCUCAGGACCUCGCCAUGCCAUUCCAUGGUGGGCAGCCCGCAGGUGCACCCCUCGACUGUGCAGCAGCUCCUGGGGCACACUACCGAGCAGUGACUGGGGGUGGUCCCGUGGCAAGCCAGAACAGCUUGAUGCAAACGGUGGAUUACCUGAGUGGUGAUUUCCAACAGGCCUGCUUCCGAGAACAGAGCCUGGCCAUGCUGAGCAAGGCCCACCGAGCCCCUGGCACCCGCGCUCCCGACCCCACAGAUAGUCGAAGUCUUCAUAUUCAGCACCCAGGGUAUAGAUAGGGAGCCAUGGUGCCCUCCUCAGGCUACACUUCAUACAUCGCCCUCCAAGGUUUAGUCUUACUUUUAAGUAACUGGGUAGUUUAAAAGUUUUGCUUCUCCAAUGUGAUCAUUCUUAGAUGUCUAAGGAACAGCACUUGGCAGGGAGCAGAAGGGAUCCUCUUAUCCCCUCAAGAAACUUUUGUUUUGUUAGAACCUUGCCAACCCCAGGCUUUUCUCUCAGCUGCCUGCCUAUUAGGCUCUCCACCUUGGUGUUGGUUUUUUUCCCAGCCCUCUCUUUGUUUUCCUGAACCUCUGCCUGUUUCUCUUAGGGCUGUGUGACUAAGGCCCCUAAAGUAGGCCUCUUCCUGUUUCUCUGGAAGCUAAUUCCUUAUUCACCCAAAGACAAAUCAGACUCACCCAAUGUUCAUCUCCCAGCUCUUUUCCAUUUUUCAAGGCUUUGUUUUGCAUUUAUUCUGCUUCCUGAGCAGAACUCACCCUCCCCACACUCCACCUCAGGGGCAUCUUGCAGGUAUUUGGCCAUACCCUUGAGACAUGGAGAAAACCUGCCUUUGUAUUGACCUCUUGGUUUCCAAGUCCCCUUCUAGACCUAAAGAAAUGUAGUGGCCAUCUGGCAUACCCAGGAUCCCCUACUCGUGGUUGUUGCCUCUCCCUGAUCAACUGCUGUCCUCAACCCUACCUCCUGCCCCCCUCAAAAAAUAAAAAGAAAAACAAAAAAAAAAGAAAAAAAACACAAAAAAUCCACAAAACCUACCUUACUGAAGGAAUUAGGUAGGUAAGGGAUGAUCACAUUGGAGUUUGGAACUAAAAACACCAAAAAAAGAAAAAAAAGAAAAGAAAAGAAAAAAAAAGGAGGGGGAUAAAGUUAAAAUGCAUUUGGUUCUCUCUACACUGGCUAAGAAUAUUGCUGUACACUGUAAGUUUUAAGUGUCCUGUUUCUGUAUGGACGUAGUGUGGGUUUGAGUAGCAUUGUGUAUGAGUGGCCCCACAGGUACAUUCAUGCUCGGCCACCUCCUUUUGCAGCCCCUAAUGUAAUGAAGAAAGGAGAAAAAAACACAAAAGCCUUAAGCUCUUUGAAAUUUUCCUCUACCAAAUGAGCAUGAUUCUGACUGCUGGGGAGGGGCCUACAUUGGAAAUAGCCUCUUUCCCUCUCGCUCACUUUUUAAACCAUCCUCCGCCCACUCCAUGCCCAACACGUCUCAUUCCCAAGUGACAGUUGGCUAGAAAUUCACUUUGUGUAACUUUAAACUCACAUUAUGUUUUGUUGUAAUUUUUGCGCACCUGUAUUCUGUUAAAGAUACCUAGUUGGGCUCUGGGCUUUUUCUUUUUUUUCCUUAAACCAAAUAAGCCCUUAUACCUUUCCUCUUGUCUCUGGGGAAUGUGAGCUGAUAUUCUUAUUUAAGAUUCUGGGUUCUGUUUACUAUCCACUGUUCCUUAGCCAGAAAUUCUCUAGUGAUCUGAAGCAAUGUGACUGAAGACCAAUUUUUAAAUUAUGUGUGGGCAAGUUGCCUUAUAUUUAAAAAGGAAAAAAAAAAAGCCUGAUUGUGUUAUGCCAAAUGAUAGCAACAAGAAGUCCUAAUUUAUUGUUCCUGAUUGUUUUCCUGCCGUCUGUGUACACUGGUACCUCCCUGUCCCUGAGCCCCUGCCACUUUUGGUGUGCUGUCUCCUCCCAAGGUGUUGGCUAUCCUCUUACCUGCCCUUUCCAGCUCCCACUUAACCUUAGUCAAAUUUAAAGAGCAUCACUAUGUUCCCUAUUUCUUGCUUGAUCACUAUAAUCAAAUAUUCUUACUGUAAUUUUCCCAGUGCCGAAAGGGGAGCUGCCACUGUAGGAAACUGGACCAGACAUCAACUUUAGGGGCUUUCAGUCACAACCUCAAAACCCACCUCUAUGUAGGGGUGCAAGUCUCUGAAGCUCUCGCUCCCACCUCUAGUCUGCAUGGAAAAUGUACUGUGAUUUCCCCACCCUACAAUUAACUGCCCUCUCCUUCAGUGUGAGACAUUUCCUAGUUACACCUGAGCCCCUCUGCCAGCCAACCCCCAGCCAGCAAUAAGGGUCCGAGCUUGGGCCUCCUGUCCAUUCCUCCUUGCCUCCAUCCCAUGCCACUCCUAGGGAAUACCUUGGAUCCUCCACUCUAUCCACAUACUGUAGCAUUCAUUCUCCAUCUCUCACCUACUCACCUGUGGUGGUUUAUGGGUGUGAUGGGGUUUUUAAGAUUACUAUAAACCAGUAAAAAGAAAAAACUCACCUUUGAUCUUGUCCUAUUGGUGUAAUGUGAUGAGUGUUUGAGGUGAUUUUUUCUAAGUCUGACUAGAAUGGGAAUAACUCGUAUGGGGAGGAGGGGUUGGUAAAGGUCUUAUAGUAAAAAUCUUCAAUCCUCCCUAAUCCAUUAUUCCAGACCAUGCUGUGUCAACUGACUAUAGGGUGUGCAUGUGGGUAUUUCAGCUGGGCCCCAGCUAGAGGCCUCUGCCCAGGCCAGAGGCUGGACUGCUAGAGACUUAGUGUGGAAUUUUGUGGGUAAGCAUGAUUUGCUGCCUCAUAGACCAAAGGGUCUUAUCACACUUUGGACCCAGGGGUCAUCAGGCACUGUGAUAAAGAUCUGGUUUGCAAACAAGUCAACU